AUGGAUGAUCCAGCCGCCACUUUAAUUCAAAUGAUUAGUCAGGCUCUGAGUCCGACAAAACAGAUCGAAUUAAAUGUCUUGAAUUCACCGAAGGACGUUAAAGAUCGUGUGGAUGCACUAAAAACAUUGUUCAAGAAGAGGUCUUCUAUCUAUUCGGAGUACCUGAAGGAAUUGUACGCCCUCGAGUUCAAGUAUGCAAGGCUCUAUGCACCUGUUUACCUCCAGCAACGUGCUAUUGUGACUGGGAAAAACACGGACGAGACAGAAGAGGAUGAGCUACUUGCUAACCAAAAGACCUUUGGUGAUGCCGAACCUGAUGUGUCUUUGAAUGGUACUUCUGGUCUCGGCAUACCAGGCUACUGGGCAAAGGUCCUGAAAACGGCACCACUUAUGCGAAACUACUUAACAGAUAUGGAUGUGGAGAUUUUGCAGUAUCUUGAGGGUAUCCGGUACUCCUUCUCCAAGAAGCUCUCUAGUCCGGGCUUUCGACUGGUAUUUAUGUUCAAAAAGAAUCCCUUUUUUAAUGGCGAUGUCUUAAUGAAACAGUUUUCAUUGAGAUUCAUUGACCAAUGCGAAGAUCUCAAUGAAUUUGGUCCAACCAAAGUCAUCUCCACCAAAGCGUCACAGAUCGACUGGACCUGUGCACAUGAGCCGACUGGUGAUGUAGUUGUUCCGCCAAAGGACUCCUUUUUUAAUCUCUUUCGAGACCUCCAACCAGAGUCACCGGAUGCACCGGAAUACGUGCAACUUAUGGAAGACUACGACAUCUGCGUCUACAUACGUGACCGAGUUUUGCCCUACGCAGUGUACUGGUUUACAGGCGAGAUGAUGUAG